AUGCACUUCGAAAAUCAACCUCACAUUCCUCCAGCCACUCCUGGCGGCUCCACAGCCUCCUUCACGUCCAUGGAUAUCCCUCAGCGUGUCAAAAAGCACCGCGGCAGUUACAACUGUGGCCGUUGUGGCCUCCCUAAAAAGGGCCACGUCUGCCAUCUCCCUCCUACCUCCACCACCACCACACCAACGCAAACGCCCAGUGACUCCUCCGUUUCAGUCUCCACUUCAACUUCUCGUCAACCGCCGCCGCCACGUUCCCAAUGCUCGAAUCUUCGCAGAGCGUUGUCAUUUGAUGAUAAUGACUUACGGUGUGACUCGCCAGAGGUUGAUAUCGAUGAAUCGGAGUUGGAUCUGUCUGGUUCGGGUUCCGGGAAGUUACCGGCAAGCUGUAUGUGGGAGAUUAUGAGGAGGUUGCCGCCGGCGGGGUUGUUGGCGGCAUCUAAGGUGUGUAAGGGCUGGAGAGAGACAGGAAGGAGGUUGUGGAGGGCGGCGGAGGAGCUUAGACUUAGGGUUCCGCCUAGGACUCAGCUUGUGUUUGUUGGAUCUGUGUUGCAGAAGUGUCCUGGACUUAGUAGGCUCAGUCUUAGAUUGGAAAGUGAUGUAGAUGCGACAAUGUUGGCUUGCAUUGCGUUCUCUUGCCCUAAUUUGGAGGUGAUGGAGAUUUCUACAUCUGAAACUGUAGUCAAUAGGAUUACUGGUGAUGAAUUGGGUCGUUUUGUUGCUGACAAACGUUGCCUAACAAGCCUUAAGAUGGAAGGAUGUUCUAAUCUAGGGGGUUUUGUCCUUUGUUCGUCAAGUCUAUCUACACUUUGGCUUUCAGAUCUGCAUUGCCUAUCUAAGAUGGUCUUUAACUGUCCCAAUAUGAAAGAGAUCUCCCUAGAUUUUUCUCGCCAAGAAAAUGAUACUACUGAUAUUAUUGCCAUGGUUGAUGGUUUGGGAAGGAGUUGCCCUAGGCUGCAAAACAUACAUGUUGCAUCUGUUCGGCUUUCUCAUGCUGCAGUGCUCGCUCUCACAGCUGCAAACUUAAGGGGGUUGCGGAUGCUUUCACUUGUUCUUGGAACUGAAAUUACCGAUGCAUCUGUUGCUGCCAUUUCUCAAAGCUAUUCAAAAUUAGAAUUGCUUGAUCUGAGUGGGUCUAGUAUCAGUGACAGUGGCAUUGGAAUGAUAUGCAAUGUGUUCCCUGGAACAAUUUCAAGACUUCUUCUCGCUCUUUGUCCCAACAUCACUUCAAGUGGAAUUCAAUUUGCUACAGCUCAAUUGCCACUUCUUGAACUCAUGGAUUGUGGAAUGACAAUUUGUGAUCCGAGUUGUCAGUAUCCAACUUGCGAUGAAAGUGGUGAUUUUGAGUUGCAAUCAACAUUUAAAAAUAAACUACACCUUAUAUACCAGAAGCUCAUCAUUAAACAUGGCCGUUUGAAAAAGCUCAGCCUAUGGGGCUGCUCUGGUUUAGAUGCUCUAUACUUAAACUGCCCUGAACUGAACGAUUUGAAUCUGAACUCCUGUAAAAACUUGCAUCCAGAGAGAGUACUCCUGCAGUGCCCCAGUUUAGAAAGUGUGCAUGCAUCAGGAUGUCACAAAUUGCUGAUUGGGGCUAUUCAAAGCCAGGUCAGCAACAAUUUUGCUGAAAUGGAAAACCAAUUACCAAAUAAACGUUUGGCUGAUGGCUCUAAGAGGAUUAGGGUCCCGCAAUUCCUGAGUCAGCAGCCAUAUGAUGAGGAUAAGAAGCGGAGAAGGAUUGGGAGUCGUCCUUGUAUUGUGCUUGUGGACUGA